AUGUACCACAAGAUAGCCAUUCUUGGAGUCACUAUUGCCUUCACAACCGCGUCAACUCUGACGGUUGUGCUGCGACUGUUCACUCGGUUCAUGAUCGUUCGAAAACCGGGCUGGGAUGAUGCGGCGAUCGUUGCGGCAAUGGCCCUCUGGGUCUCCAUUCCUUUUUACAACAUCACCCUCUCGCUGACAAAAUUGUCCCUCAUCCUGCUGUAUAUGCGUCUGUUCGCCUUGGCCAACCGCCGUUUCCGGCUUCUCCUCAUCGCCUUCCUCGUAUUUGUCGUCGUCGAGGGCCUCUGGUUUCUUUUCAGCGCGCUUUUUAUCUGCAAUCCCAUCCGAGGGUUCUGGGACCGCACUGUCCCUGCGACCUGUCUCUCCUAUUCUGUCAUCUGGUGUCUCAACGCGGCAUUACAGAUCGCUUCAGAUGCUGUGGUCGUGACGACACCGAUUCCGACAUUGGCGCGGUUACGCCUACCGAGAAGGCAGAAGAUUGAAAUGAUUGUGGUCUUUGCGUUGGGCUUCUUUGUCUGCGCAUUGAGCAUCAUUCGGCUUACAACCAUUAUCAAACUCACUCACAGCGAAGACUUUACGGAACAAAACGGCCCGGCAGCAACCUGGUCCUCCAUCGAAUCUAACGUCGCCAUCAUCUGCGCCUGCCUACCGCCCCUACACCCGCUACUUUCGCGCAUCUCUUUCAAGUACGUGAGAGGACAUGGUCGUGAGCGUGAGCGCGAGCACGAUUCCGCCCGCCAGCACACGGUCGAGAAACCUCCGCCCUCGUCGUUGACGUGGAAUUUGGAGAAUCCGUUUGCGAUGACAAGCUGGAAUUAUUCGGCGAGUGUGACGGGGAACUGCUCGACGCUUAGAGAUGAGGUUCCCGAGACGAAUAGCAUCCAGGUGGUGAGGGAGUUGCGGUGGGAUCUGGAGGAAGGGAGGGAGGACAGGGCGGGGAGUUGA